AUGGCUUCCUCCCGCAACUAUUUAAUCAUUUUCUUGAUCAUAGCAUUAUUUUCCUUAUCAAGCAUCAACACAAGCAAUGCAGCUCGCAACCUACUGCAACUUCCAAACUUGCCUACAAUACCGUCAUUGCCUCAGCCAACAAUGCCGCAGUUGCCUAAAAUUCCCAACUUUCCAACAGCAGCCACAUUGCCACCAUUGCCAACACUUCCAACCGCAACACCUUUGCCUUCUUUGCCUACGUUGCCCACUCUUCCGAAGAUGAGUCUGCCACCAAUGCCUGCUAUGAAUCCUAUUCCAAACAUGCCUUCACUUCCAAGCAUUCCCAAUAUCCCAACCAUUCCUACACUUUCACCUCCUCCAACCAACUGA